UAUCUAAAGAUAUCAUUCUAUAUAAUGCCUCAAGUUAAGCAUUAAUGUCGCCGUUUUCUUCCAAGCCUCUCUAUUCGAGAGGUAAGCUGAAAAACGACAGCCUCAAUCCCUCCUAUCCCUCCUAUCCCUCCUAUCUCUCAUCUCUCUCACUCGGUCAAGGGUCAGGUACCAGCCAAACCCAAGCUAAUGCAAGCUGGCUAGCUGGCUAGCUGCCCAGCUUACCGAGUUGGUACUGCGCUGUAGAUAAUCCUUGAUUGCGUGCUUAUGCCGCACGCGUAGCGCGAGUACAAGUACGGCCGUCUUGCCAGUCGUGUGCCCUUUGUUCUUAUGUUGUUAGUCUGCUAGUUCCUUUGACAGCAUCUUCACGGACUAGUCCUUCUAGUCCUUCUAGUCCUUCUAGCCACCUCCCGCAAGCGCCAUGUCGUCCAUGCCGUCCCUCAGAAGUAUCGCGGCCGCUGUCUUGCAGUUAGGCUUCUUGGCGCACCCGGGACUCGCGAGAUCAUGCGAACGAGUCCCUAGGUUGGGCGCUGUCGCGUCUGAGAGCUCUGUCUGCUCUAAGAUUGGGACCGGCCUACUUCAAGCCGGUGGAAAUGCUGCUGAUGCCCUUGUCGGCACUGUGUUCUGCGUCGGUGUCAUCGGCAUGUACCACAGUGGCAUUGGCGGUGGCGGUUUUAUGCUUGUUCGUGGUAGCGAUGGGAAAUACGAGUACAUCGAUUUUCGAGAGACGGCCCCGGCCGCUGCUUAUGAGGAUAUGUACGAGAAUAACACCGACGCUAGUUUAUAUGGCGGCCUGGCAAGCGGUGUUCCUGGAGAGCUUAGAGGGCUAGAGUAUCUGCAUAAAAACUACGGGAAGCUCCCGUGGGCAGACGUGGUAAAGCCGGCUAUCAAGGUCGCUCGGGAAGGCUUCGAGGUAACAGCAGAUCUCGUCAAGUAUAUAGCAUCCGCAACGCCAAAUGAUUUUCUAAAGGAUGACCCAGCCUGGGCAAUCGACUUUGCCCCGAAGGGUUAUAUUGUCAAGCUAGGCGAGACCAUAACGCGCAAACGCUACGCCGACACGUUGGAAGUCAUCGCCAACGAGGGUCCGGAUGCAUUUUACACCGGCGCUAUUGCUAAGGCGACAAUAGCAGCGCUGCAAGGAAAGAAUGGAACCAUGACGCUAGAUGAUUUGAAGAACUACACAGUUGCGAUUAGGAAGCCUUCUGAAAUCAAAUACCGAGGCUAUAAGCUCACAAGCAUCAGCGCCCCGGCAAGUGGCGUGGUAGCGCUCAGUGCGCUGAAAAUCGCUGAUGGCUAUGAGGGGUUUGGCGAUCCUGCUGCGGUCAACUUGACUACUCAUAGACUGGACGAGGCUAUCAAAUUUGCUUAUGGUCAACGAUCCGAACUUGGUGAUCCUUCCUUCGUUGAAGGGCUUGACGAGUACCAGGAGUCCAUGAUUUCUGAUGCGACCGCUGCUGAAGUACGCUCCAAAAUCUCCGAUUUCAAAACUCAGAACGUCUCGUACUAUGACCCUGCCGGUCUCGAGAGCCUCGAUACUCCGGGCACAAGUCAUAUUGUCGCCGCCGAUAAGAGCGGCUUAGCUAUCAGCCUUACGACAACUAUUAAUUUGCUCUUCGGAUCCCGUUUGAUUGUACCUGAGACCGGUGUCAUUAUGAACGAUGAGAUGAAUGACUUCUCUAUUCCCAACUCGAGUAACGCGUUUGGCUACAUACCGAGCCCGGCAAACUUCGUUCGUCCGGGCAAGAGACCUCUAUCCUCGAUCUCAGGGACUAUAGUCGAGACAGCCGAUGGCAAGUUGUAUUUCGUUAUAGGAUCCGCCGGUGGUAGCCGCAUCAUCACAGCCACCAUCCAGAAUAUUCACCACGUACUCGAUCAGAAUUUUACGACAGCCGAGGCGCUGGCUGCACCCAGGCUACACGAUCAGCUCAGCCCUCCUCAGACCUCCUUCGAGUACUCUUACGACAACAGCACCGUCGCGUACAUGCAGUCGCUAGGCCAUAAUGUGACUUGGGUGGCACCGGGUCAGAGCACAGCGCAGGGUUUAAGAUUACUGCCGAAUGGAACUUUCGAGGCGGCUGGGGAACCACGGCAGGUUAACUCGGGUGGCUUCGCCGUAUAAGAAUCUUGGGGUCAGCACUGUAAUUUAUGAGAUGAUCAUUAUGUUAAUAUGAUAUCCUUGAUAUCCGACCUGUAUUGAUUGUAUCUCAAAAUCUCUACCCCUAUGCCAAGUUGGUAGCUUCCACUAGCUUGUCGUCGACCAUUGAAAAUAGCAAAUAUUAUUUACUUGACUGGAUAUUUUACUUGCCUCUUCAUGCGGGUAAUUCCUCAUCCCUAGCAUUCCGUGCCACUUGUCGUGCUUUUAAUAUCUUACCUUCCCUUUGGCAAGCCUCUUUUAGUACCUUAGCCAAUAGUAAGCAGAUAGAAAUAUUAGUACUUACAUAGGUACCUAGGUAUCUACCUAGGUUAGAAGACUAGGUUAGGUUAGUGUACUCUAGACGCC